GGCUGUCAGAGAUUACACGAAUCGCUUGUAAACGCAGCUCAAGUACCGUAACCCAGUGUCAUUACAACUUUAGCCAUGGGAUGACACGUUUACGGAGACUGAGCUUUGAGACUUUGUAAAGCUGGACACUGCUGCAUGGGGAGAUUGACGAUGUCAGCCUUGAGUCCAGUUUUAACAGCGUGUUUACGACGCGCCGAGAUUUACUCACAUACUCGGAAGACAACGCGGCGACUUGUGCGUUUAUUGGCCAAUGAGCAUGUUGUAUGUCCACGGCUGUCACAGAAGUACAAAUUUUCCUGUACACAAUCGAUGGGACUAAUGACGUCAUCCAGUCCUGGUGUUAGACUGAGCGUGGACAAGCCCGAGUGUCUGGUGGACGAAAAUGUUGUUGUCAAGGUUACGGGACUGCCUCCUAACGACAGGGUCACUGUCAUAGCAACGGCAGUACAUGACGAAAACCUUUUCUGGUCACAUGGUUUGUUUCGUGCCAAUGAUGGAGGUGUUGUAGAUUUGAGCACAGAUACACCAAUCAACGGCAGUUAUGAUGAAGCGGACCCUUGCGGUUUAAUUUGGAGUAUGGUGGCAGCGCCAUGGUUACCGUCACACCUGCGCAUGUUCCAAACCAGAGCUAUCAAACCAAGGAUAAUUACCUUCAGUGUGUUCCCAGAAUCAGACAGUCCUUGGGACUACCUCAAAAAUAAAACAAACGUUUUAGCAUCAGUUGAACACAAACGAUGGUACAAAUCUCAAAAUACAAGACGAAUACCCAUAGAUCACCCCAGAAUACAAGGCACUCUCUUCCUACCAGAAGGGCCUGGUCCAUUCCCGGGGGUAGUAGAUAUGUACGGCGGCCUGGUGACUAUCGUGGAGGGACGGGCGGCUCUCCUUGCAUCCCGGGGGUUCGCCACUAUGUCCUUGUCCUACGUGCACGGGAAGGGUCUGCCACAGACAUUGGUGGAUAUCGAACUCAGCUAUUUGGAGGAAGCGGCGGAAUGGUUCGCUAAAUUACCAGAAGUGCGGUCUGAUGGCGUGGGCAUAUUGUCUUUGUGUCUUGGAGGAACCGUGGCAUUGUGGAUGGCGCAGACUAUUCCGAACAUCAGAGCAGUCGUCAACAUUAAUGGAAUGCCAUAUGCUAACCGCUUUUGGACAUAUCACGGUCGGGAGUAUGAGUCCAAUACUAGAAUCGAUGAGACACAAAUCAUAGUGACAGAGGAAGGAUUGUCAGUAAGGAAUAUGUUUGAUGUCGCUGACGAUUCUUUUUUGAAGCCCUGGACACAUGGCGCCCGCCUCCUGACGAUUUCUGGUGGCGAUGAUCUAAUGACCCAGAUGGAACAUAAUGUCCACUUUUAUGAGAAAAUCAUGCCACAAGACUACCGCCGCGAAAAGGCCGAGUUUGUGGUAUAUCCGGGUGCAGGGCAUUUAAUCGAGCCACCCCACACCCCUUUGUGUCGAGUUGUUGAUGCUGCUGACAAGAUCCAAUUGGCAGUCAACAUAAAGAACCCGAAACAUCAGCACAAUAACAUGUUACUGUCGGGAGGAUAUCCCAAGGAACACGCAGCGGCGCAAAUGGAGGCAUGGCAGCGAGCAAUUAGCUUCCUCAAGACACACCUGAUGUGAUGAAAAGACGCACUUUAACAGUUGAUCCUCAAGACCGUCACUGUAUGACAAGUAACAAAUUAGCUGAGGACUCUCACAACCCGGACAGUCACAGUCACAAUGGCCAAGACAUUUGAUAUUUGCUAUAAUAAAGUUCAUGUUUAUGAUAAUGAAGUGUGAAUGUUAAUGACAAAUAUAAAUUAUUGAUGUUUGUGAUAAUUCAAGUCAUGUUUGUGGUAAUUCAUGCGACAGUGGUCGGGUGGCGCAGUGGUUAUUGCACUCCCCUUUCACAAAGACGGCCGGGGUUCAAUGCCUGCACUCCAAAUUGUCUGCUCCCCUUAACAUUAAGACCCUCACUGCGCUUUUAUCUGGGUCAACAAGAGUAAUGAUAUAACUUGGAAUUACUUGUGUCAAAAUUGUUGUAAAAUAAAAAUGUAGUUUGUAUA